UCAUAUGACUUCUAAUUGCAAGAAUGGAAGAAAAACAGCAGAAGUACUUCUUGGGGAUAAUUCUGGUGUUUUUGUGAUCUGGAUCUUCCUGGUGGGGGAGCGUAGGCACGGCCGAUUUCUGCUAUAACCCCCUCAGAUAAGAAGGAUGUUUGAAGUAUUAUUGACUUUGGACACAGCAAACCUUUAGGUGUGAUCGCUAAAUCUGCACACAAGCAUGGAAGAGAGUCCCAACGGGAAGCCUGGGCUGCAGGCGGAGGGGCGCUGUCGGAGGCGGGUGGCAGCAGUGAGCGCUCCCGCUUUGUCCGCCUGUCGGCUUACCUUAGCCGGGGUCAUGGACGCAGAAGGGAGGGUUGAUGAGUCAAGGCUGAGGGGCCACAUCUUCAGAAACGGUGGUGUGACUCCAUCAGAGAGAGGCCUGGCAUGGCGUUUCCUGUUUGGCAUGUACCCAUGCAGCUCCACUGCACUGGAGCGGUCUUUCCUGCAGGAGCAAUUGUUGGUGCGUUAUCGGGUCAUGAAAAAGAAGUGGCAGCAGUUUCUCCCCUCAACGGUUCGGCUACAGCUCAACGGUACUGAUGCUGAGUUGUUUGCAGCUGUCCGGUACUUUGACGAGAGGGAGGCCCAAACCCUGCAGGAGGCCCAGGAUCAGUCUGAGGAAGUAAAGGACAGACUCGCCUUCUUAGAGCUUCAAGCGCAGAUACUUUUUGAACGUGUGAAGUUUGACCUGGAGGAGCUGCGAGAAGCCAUACGAAUUAUUGACAAAGAUGUGCCUCGCACCAACAGAGACCUGAGCUACUACCAAGAGGAAGGUUUAGGCAAUCUUUUGGUGCUAAGAAACAUCCUCAUCACUUAUGCUGCUUUUCAUCCAGAGGUUGGCUAUGCCCAGGGAAUGAAUGACCUGUGCAGUCGAUUCUUGGAGGUCCUAGACUGUGAGGUGGACACCUUCUGGAGUUUUUCCUGCUACAUGGAAAAGUUCUCCAGAGACUUCAUGGCCGAUGGCCUGCACAGAAAAAUAGAACUGGAGGCAGCUUUGUUGAAGGAACUGGACCCUCCUCUUUAUGCUCAUCUAGUCAGAGACAACAUGGAGCGCUUUACAUUCUGCCACAGAUGGCUCUUGCUGGGUUUUCAAAGGGAGUUUAAGCACAGCGACGCAUUACGUUUGUUUGAAAUCCUGAGCUGUGACCAUUUGGAGCUAAUCUCACAGAAGGUUGACCGUGCUCGAUAUCAGGAGAGACUGGACCAAAAACACUGUACAGAAGAUGGUUCAGAGUCACCACAGCAAACCUUCAACACAGACUUCACCUUUGAGCUCUUCAUCUGUGCAGCCGUGCUGUUGGAUAACAGGGAGUCGCUACUCCACUGCAGAGAUGACGUGCAGCUAAUCCAGUUCACCAGCAGUCUUCAGGGAAGAUUGGACCUGAACAGCACCCUGAAAAAAGCUGAGAGCCAUUUCUACAACUACUGCAAACGCUGUGCAUGGGAUUAUAUGAAUGGGCACCGCAGAGCAAACAGUAUCAAAGACGAAGAUUUCUUUUAUCAACUCCGCAGUUUGUUUAUCUUGAAGCGAUAACACCCCCAGCUGCUAUGAAACAGUUAUUCCACUCACUGACAUUUCUUUAUGGGCACAUAUUGUUACCUCGGCCAAGGAGGUUACGUUUCUUAGGAGAGUUUGUGUGUUUGUUUGUCUGUCUAUGUACAGGAUAAAGUGAAAGUUAGGAACUGACUUUAAUUAACUUUUUUUUUUUUUACCAAAGGUGCACCUCAGUCAAAGGAACAAUCCAUUAAAUUUUGGUGAUGGACCACAUCAUAAUCCAGAUGCAGCAUUAUUUUAAAAGAUUCUUUAACAUUAUUUGGCAGGAUAAGCACUUCCCUCCAAACCAGAGACUAGACCAGGGGCCCUUUUCACAGAGCAGAUUACUGAAAACUAAGACUGUUCAAACGUCCACCCUAGCCUCUAAAUCCCUCAAUCACUAUAUACUGUAGAGUGUGGACUAUAUAGUGUAUAUAGUAUAUAUGAAAAGGAAAACUAUAUAGUUUUCCUUUUCAUGAAGAGAAUUUACUAAACUUCUGUUUCUGUUACUAUAGCAACAUUCCCCCUAGAGCUAACCUGGUCGGGAGCAGGUUUUGUUCAGUAAACUCUGUUCUCCCUAAUGCUCAGCAUGUUUGUUUAUUUCCUGAUUUAGUCAGGAGAGUUCUGUUGUAGUUUUGUGGAAACGAUAAAAAGAUAAUUAUUAAUUAGGUCUGUUAGACACAUUAGGUGUUAAAAACAUAAACAUAGUGUGUCGUUUUGGAUGAGGAUCCAAUUAAAGAAGGAGCAGCUAAUUUAAAGACAAAUAUAGACAAGGUUCUUAGACCACUUAUACAUGUGCUUUAUAUUCAGAAAUGUAUCUUUAUGACGCUACCGUUUCUCCACAUAAUCAAGACUUUAUCUGUUCAUACAUUUGCAGCAUUACACAGACUUCUUCAGACAUUUAAAAGAACUUGACAUUAAUCAGAGAAUAUUGUUAUGUGACAAGAGUAUUAUAGGAAACAACUCCACAGAGUUGUUUUCUAUAAUGCACAGGUCCUACCUGUUUCAACAACGUUUUUAGACUUCCUCUUCACCUGCUGACAGGUGUGCUCCUCCCUCCUGUAAUUUUACCUAAAUGUAAUAUAUUUAUCCACUAUCAUUCAACUAAUAAACUGUUUUCCCCUGUAAUGCUAUCAUAACUCGCACUUGGGCAGGCUGUUUUGAUAUUUAUCACCUUGUAUGAAUAUAUAUUUCUGAUGCCUGAAAUGAAUUUUUCCUUGUCAAAAUAAACUUUUCAAACAAAAUGACAUUCCUCAUAUAUGAAAUAAACAUUUGGGAUGUCUAGAAAGGAAUUUUAGAUCUCCAUAUACUACCCUUAUUGGUCAGAAUAAAAACAUUCAUUCAACCUGAUGAAUGUCAAAACAGUAAAAUUUGUAACCUGCUUGGACAUUUAUAGAUAUAUAAGGCUUAAUUCUUACUAUUGCAAUUUUGUUUAGUUUUAUUACUUUCUGAAUUUUAGGUUCUACUGCAAAAAUUAAAUUUAGAAAAUCUGGUAUCACAGUUCCGAAUAGGAAUGUGAUUUUGACCUGAAACAAUCCUAUUUUAGUGAUCUACAAAUGGAACAACUCAUUAAUUAAUAAAUGUUAAAACAGCCUGCCGUAGCCCACUUUAUAUAGACUUGCACAUUAUUAACUCAAGUAGCAAUCUUCUAUCCCAUUUGCCAUUCCUUUGCAGCUGUAGCACUGUUGCUCUGUC